UCAAUCAUCCAACCAAAAAAAAACCUCAAAAACAAGUUCAUCAUUUAAAUGAACCUUCCUCAUUCUCUCAUAUAAAAGAAAAAUCUCCGACAACCUCAAAAAACACAAAAACACAAAAGAUUCAAAUUUUUGCUUUGAAACAAAAAAUGCAAGAGACCCAUCAUCAACAAACAAAAGAAAGUUCACAACUUCCACCAAAGAUGUUAAUUUCCGGACAAAACAAGAACGAGGGUUAUGUGUCUAUGUCUCAACGGUUCAGACCGGCUUGUACUUGUUUAAACCGACCCGGUUCGGUUCGAUGUGCUCGUCAUGGGUAUGUAGUACCAGGGGAUAAUAAGUUGAAGAAGCGCGUUGCGAGUAAAGAGAUUUUGAGAAGAGCUUUAAUGCCACCACCAAAACGGUUAGGACUUAGAUGGUUGAAUUUCAAACCAACACCAAGUAGACUCUCUAUUAUGUCUAUGGCUGCUUCAUGAUCUUUGUUUCUUUUUCUUAAUUUUUGUUAUGUUUUUGAGGUUUUUGUUUGGAUGAUUUGUAAAAGUUUAACAAUCCAAUUAAAUUAGAUUAUGAUGAUAUAUAUAUUUAUUGUUUAUAAAGUUUAGUUUUUUGCAA